AUGGAGGAUCCAGUGGCACAGAAUGAUUUAGCAAUUGUGGUGGUGACUAGUUCUCAGCCUGUGGCAGUUAUACAUCCCUUAGAUCGUGAUGAGUUGGAUGCACAAAAUACACAACAUGAGGAGGCGGCGAAUGCCGAGAAGUUGUCUACUAUACCGGAGGUUUCAAGUAGCAAGGAGGCCUCUUCUUCUUCAGCGAAUCAUCGGUCUCAAACAGAUAGUGGUGGUGCAAAUCGAUCCUUGAUGCCAUCCUCUUCGACACCAUCAUCUUCAGCAACAUCAUCCACAGCUGCAUCCGUAACAUUGGGAUCGACUUCUUCAACAUCAUCUCUGGUUAAUUCUGUGAGACAUAAAGGGAAGAGCAAGGAAGUGACUGGAAGUAUAGUGCCCCUACAAAGUGGAUGA